CGGCCAGUGAAAAAAAAAUAUAUUUCGGGCAUUGAAGUAGAGAUAAACGAGAGAGAUAGAGAGAGCGAGAGAGCGGUAGCAACCUGUCUCGAUCCCGACUUUUUCAUCGGCAUGUUCCGUCCUCUGCGUCACAAUCGAUUAUGUAUCGUCGUCCAGCGAUGAGAGUCGGCUGAAUUCUGGAUUUUGAUUUCCGUGUUCCCGUGCUACUGCAGAUCCCCUAGUACGGCUCCUCGUCCCCGAUCCCUGAUUAUUGGAUUCCGGUGUUUGGUCUUCUGAUCAGGUUCCGAUAAACAUUUAUAACAAAUAGUCUUGAGGAAAUGAGCCACUAAUGGCAGCUGCGGAAGCCAGAGCUGCUUGGCAGCGCACUGCAAACCGUUAUCUAGUCCAGGAAGAUGCAAAAAGAGCUCCAAAAUUAGCUUGCUGUUCUUCAUCUACCCCACAAAGUGAUUCAAGCAAUGGGAACACAGCAAGUGCACAAGAUUCCCCUGGCCCUAACUUCAUGCCUUUUAGCAGGAAUCUCACGAAUGCCUAUCUAUCACCUGAAACAAAAUGGUGGCUUCAGCUGCAACCCAACUUUGGAUACCAGAAUGAGCUUAUUUGUGAGCAGCUAAGCUCCUUAGAAGAUGAGGCUGACGAGAACAUGGAAACUGCAGUCCCAAAAUCGAAGCUGGGUGGGGAGUCUUUGCCAGUUGACUUUGUCCUUAAAAAGGAGGUGUGUUUUAUGGAAUCUUCUUGGGUGGUAUCAACAGCUUUCGAGAAACAUGGUUCUGAAACCAGGAUCAAAGAGAUGAAGACAACAACCAGCUAUUCACAACAGCUGCUAAAGCCGAAAACGUCUAUGGUGAAUUAUCUUGAUAAAAAGGAUGGGCUUCUGGAUUUGAAGCCCGUUGAUCAAUUUACUUCGUGCAGGCCAGAGAAAGCCUCUUCGUACUUUGAAACAUCAUGGGCUGGGGGUAAUAAUUCUGAGCCAUGGUGGCGUAUUGCAGACAAAGAUGAGUUGGCUCUGCUGGUAGCCCAAAAAUCACUGCACCAUAUUGAAAACUGUGAUCUGCCUAAGCCCAGCCAAACAGUUCAUGUAACUAGGGACCCACUUUCUCCUCCUGAGAAUUCGGAUACUAGUGGAAUAUUUCAAUCAUCUCUGGGUACAAAGCUAAAUGCAGACAUAUGCAACGGCAACAAAUACUCAUGUAACACAUCUACUUCUGUGAAAUCUGACAACAAGAACUUGUCUUCGAGUGAAAGAGGCUAUAUGCUGCAUGAUUCAGAGAAACCAUACAGUGACGGUCGAGGUUAUGUGAAAAAUGAACAACCUGAACGUAACCAGACAUGUGAGGAUGACCUUUCAAGAGCUCAGCUGUUGGAGGCACUUUGCCAUUCCCAGACCCGUGCUAGGAAAGCUGAAAUGGCAGCCCAGAAAGCUUACGAUGAGAGGGAACAUAUAGUCAAGCUAUUGUUGAGACAGGCUUCUCAUCUAUUUGCAUACAAGCAGUGGCUACUAAUGUUGCAGCUUGAGAACCUGUUUCUCCAGCUCAGGAUAAAGGAGCACCAGAUAUCGACGGUUAUCCCUGUGCUGCCUUGGAUAGCACCCAAGGGGAAGUUAUCCAGCGAAGGUAAGAUAACAAGGAGGAGGAGGAAAAAGCACAAAUGUGAAAUAUGCAAAUAUGCAGUUGCAUUAUCUCUUGGAUUGGGUCUGGCUGGCAUGGGGUUGCUCUUCGGCUGGACCAUCGGAUGGUUGUUUCCUCCUGCUUUAUAGAAUUUUCUGCAGUUUGGAAUGCAUCUCUCCUGGAUGUGGAUAUUAGGCCCAUCCCAUGUUCCAUGGGCUAAUGCGAAAGCUUGGCUCCCAUGGUGUGGGGGGGAAGGGGUGAUUGAUGUUUUGAUGUAUAUAAGGUUUCUGAUGUACAUAUGAUAUCUUGAGACCGAAAUGCAGUAGGGGCAUUUAUUAUGCACAGGCAGGGUGGUGGAAAGCUCGAAACGAACGAAGUAAAAAGAAAAAAA